AUGCAUGAAAGUGUUUACGACUCGGAUUUGCAGUCGGAGCAUAUUUUGCAGUCUGCUCCGCCCAGCGUGAAUAAAGACAUUAUUAUGAAGGCGCUGCGCAGAGACCAGGAUAAGGUGCUGAAUCCAAAGAUACAGCCAUUUACAAGCGUUACCAACGCAUACGACUCGCUCAUUCCGUACCACAUAUUUAUGCUGCCCACGUACGACGAUCUCAUCUACCAAAGCGUAAACAGAGUUCCAGAGUCGCACGACAUGACAGAAACACUGAACAAUCUGACACGCAUACUGUGCACAGAGGAGAACUCGUUUGAUGAGCUAUCGGUAAUGGAAGAAAGGCUGAAGGUGGAAGAGGAGAGAUACUAUCUCAACAAGACUAUAAAUUAUAAAAACACAAAGAUAAAAGACAUAAAAGACAGAAUGAUAAAAGAAUAA